CCAUCCUUUUUUUCAAGUUUUACUUCGUACUUCCUUCCACCAGACCAGGAUAAUGUCACAAAAACCAACGCAAAUCACAAUGCUCCAGCUCUACAGCCUUUUGGUCGUCACCGCGUCGGUCGCCGGCGCCUCCCUGGCCGAGAUGGUCUUCCGCUGCCCGGCGUGCACCGCGGAGCGCCUGGCUCUCUGUCCGUGGCUCAGCGAGCCUUGUGCGGAAAUCGUGCGCGAGCCGGGCUGCGGGUGCUGCCCGGUGUGCGCCCGGCAGGAGGGUGAGACGUGCGGCGUGUACACCCCCAGGUGUGCCGCCGGCUUGCGAUGCUACCCGACGCCCGAUUCUGAGCUCCCGUUGGAGCAACUGAUGCAGGGCCAAGGCCUGUGCCGGCAAACGGUCGACACCGACAUCACGAGCCAGGAGCACCGGGAGCAGACCAGCGGUGAGGCCUCGGAAGUGUUCUUCGAGUCAGGCCUGGGUGACGUACGCCUACCCAGUAAGGAAACCACUUGGAUGGGGCCAAAGGAGAGUGCUGUGCGACAACAUCGUCAAGAGAUGAAGACAAAGAUGAAAAGCAACAAGGUGGAAGAGCUUAAACUGACUCGACCCAAACAGACUCCGUGUCAGCAGGAACUGGACCAGGUGCUGGAGAGGAUCUCCAAGAUGCCCUUCAGAGAUAAUCGAGGUCCCCUGGAGGACCUUUAUGCUCUGCACAUUCCUAACUGCGACAGGAGAGGGCUGUAUAACCUCAAACAGUGCAAGAUGUCUCUUUAUGGUCAGAGGGGAGAGUGCUGGUGCGUAAGCCCCCACAGCGGCCAAACCAUCUUAGCAGCCCCCAUUGUGCGGGGUAACCCCAACUGCAGCCAGUACCUUUCGGAGCUGGAGCUGGAAAUGGCCAACAUGGAGCAGAUACAAUGAUAAUAAACAAAAAGCAACUGUGAAGCAUGUGUGAACAAAUAACAAAAAUGAGUAAGUGAGGUGAACUCGGAAACAACAUAAUGUUAAACUUAACAUGUAAUUAAAAACUUAUUUGUAGGGCUUCUUUAGUUUUGUUUUGUGUCUUUAAGCUAUACAGCCGUGCAUCGAGAUCCUAAUUUGUUCUGUGACAAUGCUUGUAACUCAACACUAUCUCAUAUAAUCUGAAUCCAUUGGAAUGAAUGUAAAUGCCCCCCCCCCCUACAAAAAAACAAAAAUAAAAAAACAAAACAAAACACAGCACUCUAUUAUAUUGUAUUUCAUGAAAACAUGCAGUAAUAACAUGAUGAAUAGUGGGCAUUUUGCUGCUCUCCCUGGUGCUUAAACCUUGGCAGUAUAAAACUGAUGUUCUUUCUUCUUUCUACAUACAUUCUUGCUGCUGGAGGCUGUAAAUUUCCCCGGUGUGGGACGAAUAAAGGAUAUCUUAUCUUAUCUUAUGGAGCCUGUCUGUGUUUUCCAUUGUUGUCAGAAGCACAAUAGACCAAUAAAGAAAAGUUAUGUGGUUGUUUUAAA